AUGGCUUACUCACAUUUCUUCAACGGCGAUGAGAUAACGAAAUUCUAUGUUCAACAUAGGCCAUCGUAUCCCAGUUUUAUAUCGGAAGUAAUCAUGAAAUAUAUCCACAAACAGAAGAACUGUAACUCCGAGAAAGGAAGACUGAUGAAAAUGCUUGAUGUUGGCUGUGGAGCAGGACAAAGUACUCACAUGUUUGCACCUUACUUUGAAUCGAUAUUAGGAAUUGAUGUUAGUGAUUCUCAGAUAAAACAUGCAAGCGAGCACAACCCUAACAAAAAUGUGGAAUUUCGUCUUGUGGGUGACAAUUUCUUUCCUGUUGAAGAUGAAAGUGUAGAUCUUGUUACGUGUGCGAUGGCAAUACAUUGGCUUGAUCUGGCAACAUUUGAAACUGAAUGUCAUCGAGUCUUAAAACCGAACGGAUGUUGCGUGAUAUACGGCUAUUGUCCAUCUUUCGUCAGAAAAAUAAACGAACCGAAAAGCAAACAAAUCAACCUCAUAGAGGCUGAAAAACAAUUUUUACGUGACAUGGAAUUUCCGGAUUGUUGUUUUCAUCCGUUUGAAAAUUACGAUAGUAUAUUCGAAAGACUGCAAAUGUCUACAAAAGAGAGAAUAGAAGGUCUCGAGAUGGACUUGGAAUUUUCAUUGCAACAGUAUAAGGACUUUUUUAAGUCAUCAUCCAAAUAUCUUGAAUAUUUGAAGCUCGUAUUGGAUGAAGAAAAAGCGCCGAUGCGCGAAUUGGGAGAAAAUGUCAAGAGAAUAUUAGAAGUGUAA